AUGCUUCGCUCCCUCUUUGGAAGGCCUUCGUUAGCGGUUCUCAAUAAUUAUGGCCACAUGGCGCGACCGGCAUCGCCACUUUUGUGCUCGCAGCGGGGCGUCUUUGCCGAUAGGGUGCGAGCCGGAAUGAUUCUGAAGGUGGACAAGCGUUAUUAUCGCGUCCUCGCCAACACGCGGUCGCAAAAGGGACAAAAUGCUGCUUCAUUUAAUAUCAAACUCACAGAAGUGGGAACCGGCCGUAAAAAAGAAGUAACAGCUGGUCACGGGCAUGAUUUUGCUGAGGCUCGCGCCGAACGCGUGCGGUUGCUGUUCAGUGGUUUCGAUGAUGAUGAUAUGGCGUGUUUUGUAUAUCCUGAGCAUAGUAGUGAUGCGGGAAAGGAGGUAAACAUUCCUGGUGAUUCGCUGCCGGAAUUACAGCAGAAGUUUCUUUGCUGUGGUAUGCCUGUUGAUGUGCUGCACAUCAUGCCUGAUGAUGAUGAGUCCCCGAAUGAAAAAGAUAUUUGGUCUGAGGUUGUUAUGCCAAGUAAUUACACCUACACGGUGGAAAAACUCACGCUGAAAGGAAUGUACAAAAUGGCAGCAUUUGUUGAGUGCGAUGGUAUAAUUGGUGUGAACGACUCGGUGCAGGUGAAUGAUAAAGUGAAGGUGGUGAUAAAACCCGAUGGUACCGCAGCUUUUGGCGGACGGGCGACGUGA